GAGAGAAAGAGAGAGAGAGGUUUUUCUGCAGAACAUAAACCCUAGCUAGUGAAGAUGAUUAUCCCAGUCCGCUGCUUCACUUGUGGAAAGGUCAUUGGAAACAAAUGGGAUUCGUACCUUGAUCUUCUCCAAGCUGAUUACAGCGAAGGAGAUGCCCUUGAUGCACUGCUUUUGGUUCGCUACUGCUGCCGAAGAAUGCUGAUGACCCACGUUGAUCUCAUUGAGAAGCUUCUCAACUAUAACACUUUGGAGAAGUCCGAGGGCAGCUGAUGCAGUAUGGGAUCGAUCGAUAUAUCCAAGUCUAUGAUCGUCUUAAAUCUCGAUUACGAGAUAGUUGUUUGUAAAUGUCCUAGUUAAAGAUGAUUCUGGCUGUGUGCUGUUUAAGACCAUAUAACCAUCUCUCAGAAAGACUUGUCGUCUGAAUAUAUAUGAUUAGGCAAUCUGUUAUCUUUUAGUGUAUUACUUGCGUUUGUUUUUACCGUUGGGUCGGAAUUUCAACCUCGAUAAACGUGUCAUUUUUUCCCCAAGUUUUCUUCUUGGUUUGGUUUUAGUUAUUUGUGCUAAGGGAAAUGUGUCUCGUUUUUUGGCCUU